GCGGGACGCGCAGGGCACGCCGGGAGGUGUGGGCGGGGCCCGCUGAGGUUGUGCUGCGGGUCGCAGUGCCUCCGGUUGCGAUGCUCCGUCGGAAGCCGACGCGGCUGGAGCUGAAGCUGGACGACAUCGAGGAGUUCGAGAGCGUCCGGAAGGAGCUGGAGAGCCGCAGGAAGCAGCGGGACGAUGCCGAGGCGGCGGCGGGCGGCGAGGAGGCGGCGGCUAUCGGAGCGCUGGGCACGGAGCACAAGAGCCGCGAGCAGCUCAUCAAUGACCGCAUCGGCUACAAGCCGCAGCCCAAGGCCGGCGGCCGCACCGCGCACUUCGGCGCCUUCGAGUUCUGACGGGGCUGUCCCGGGACCCCCGGCAGCCCCGGGCCCCUCAGCCGGGGGUGCCUCGCCAUUCCCCCUCUUAGCUGUUACAUUUUUGGUUUUUAAGUUUGGUUAACACGCCUGUGAACGCCCCUUUGCCGAGUGUUUUGUUUUAAACAAACCCUUAUUUUUUAAAAUAAAAUAAUAAUAAUCCCACGACCUGGUGUAAAUGGCUGCAGUGACCAUGUGGGGGUGGAAACACCCGGACCACCCGUUCCUUGCUCCUGUGAGCAGGGGGAUAAAACACCGCGGGAGGAUCCUCUGGGAAAGUGAUCGGGUGAUCUUAAACCAGACAGUGGAGUGGCCACCUGAACCUCCUGAGAGAAUCAAUCUUAAAUAGUGUUAGAUCCAGGCAAACCCACAGGUUUAUCUUGCUAUUCUUUCACAACCUGCGUUUUUCUAGUAACUUGUAUUUCACAGAGCUCACCUAUGAGCUGGUUCAUAUAAUUGUUUGCAACAGCAUUUUGUGUUAAAAUCAGAAGUGUCUGAAAGGAGAGAGGGAACUUAUUUCUUCUCUUAUUUCUUAGAACUUAUUUCUUCUCCUUUCCCUUUUCUUCUAUUCUUUCCUCUCUAUUCUGCUAAAUGAAUCAGAAAAUGUAAAAUACUGUCACUCUUGAAAAGGCAAAUCUUUGAAUGAUAACAAACACCAGAUUUUCAAGUUAUUUUCAGUGUCAUCAACAUGCCUGCGCACAUUAGGCUCAUGUGGAUAGCACACACAUACACAAAAUCCCCCUUAAUAAUUUUUUAAUCUUUUGAAUCAUCUCUGCAUCUUAUCACUUUGGAAAGUUUGUUAAAUCUGUUUUGGCCCAAAGGUGCUUGUAUUUACAUGACAAUCUGUACAAAGAGCUGUUGCUCUUUGUCUUUUUUUUUUACUACCUUUGGGAAAAAUCCUUUUGCUGUAACAUUAAAAGUACUGGGGUUGAAAUAGUUAUUGGCCCAUAACCAGCAAGGUUUAUUUCAGUGAAAUCAUAAGGGAAAAACCCGCCCUACUCUGGUGGCCCCACUGAGAAGAAGGUGCUGGAAAUGUCUGAGAAGUGUUUUGGGAUAAAGGUGCCACAGUUCUGGUGCCAGGCACUGCUCUGUCCUUUCCCAAGGCAAGCAGGAAAGAAUCUCCUGUGUGUUACAUCAGCCAGUCCCAAAACAUCCCAGAGCUGCUUCAGUCUGUGUCACUGCUGGGCCCUGGACAGGGAAUGGCUGCAGGCCUGGAUCAUGGGCUGCCCACAUGCAUGGGGAGUGACAGCCCAGAUUCUCUGAGCAGCUUUUCCUUUGCACUUCCCUGUUCCAUCUCCAUCCAGCUCUGCUCAGCGUUACCCCAGCUGCCCUGGUUUGUCACCCCUGAAGUGGAGCUCAGGGCUGUUUGCUGCUUGGAUCAAAGGCCACCAAACAGCUCCUUAUGGCUGCUGGCACAUGAAAAGGCCAAGGGCACGUGGAUUCCUGCAGCUGGUCCCUAGACACCCCUCAGGAGGUGCUGGGCAGAGUGAGCUCAAAUUUGGUUUAGGUGAGAGGAAGGUGAGGUUUGGGGCAGGAGGAGUCUGGCACACAGCAGGGUGAGCUGAAGGAAGCAACUUAAAAACCUGAGCAGCCUCUUGGUGCUAGGGAAACUCUGCUCCCUGCAGCCUGGGCAAGGAGCAGGGCAGGCUGCCAUGGCCCUGGGCCUGCAGCAGGACACCUGCAGGGAAUUCAGGAGCUGGAGGCUCUCCCUGCCUCUGGCCAGGGAUGUUUCUGACCAUCUUUAGCACAAUGACCAGGGCUGGUUUUUCAGCAUUCCUCCAAAGCAGACUUCAGUUAAAUUCAGGCUUCCUGUGUUGUAGGUGCAUCAAAUUUCCGGUCAGGCUGGGAAAAUGUACAGAACUUCAAACUUUUCCAACUUGAAAAGAGCCCCAGGCUGGCCUAGCAAAGAGCUGCAUUUCCUGUCUAACACCACAGACAAUGAUCAGGGGCUGCUCUGCUGGGCUGGCAUUCCCAGCAGGCCCCAGCUCUAAGAGUACAACACCUCAGGAGGUUGUUACAGCUCCCUAAAACCCCUCUCCAGGGCAGGCAGAUCUGAGAGGCACCAAUUCCUCUUUCCAUCCCUCCCCAAGGCUGCAAAGUGUGACUGAGCUGGAACAAAGAGAGACUUCUCAGUGAAUCUCCACAUUCCAUUGCAGCAGCUUCAGGGAGCUGGGGAGGCCCAGGGGAUGCUGCUCCUCACCCAACCCCCAGCACCUGAACAGGAACACUGGGCCCUGCUGCUCCCUCCGAGGGUUGCACUGAGGACUGUUCCCAGAACACAGCCCCACCAGAGUAAAAUGCAAUCUAUUUUAUUGGUUAAUUAUGUACAGGAGAUUCUUGAUAUUCACAGUAACACCAGACAAGUUACCCCCACAAAGAGCAAGAGUAAAAACAAAACUGACAGUCCACUGUAAACAAAACUAGAAAUCCUGCUGGAUUGGGUGGGACUGGCUCCAGACAAACUCCAAAGGCACUCAAAGAAAAGCAACAAAAGCCCUCUGAGGGACAGGGCCCGGAUGCUCUGAGCUCCCUCCUCGGUGAUAUUCCGGAGGCACAGCGUGAGCAGGGCACAGAGACAGGCACAGGGUGGCACCCCCGAGCAGGACAGCACAGCCGAGCGCGCUGCACGUGGGUCACCCUUCCAGCCCUGCCCUCCCGUCUUACCAGGACAACUCAACUCAGCAGAGGGGCUGGGGCUGCCCCAGAGCUGCCGAUCCCGCCCAGAGGGAGCUCAGGCUUUGCUCAGGCUCAUGCACAGCACACAGUAACCUGGCUGAGGACACACCGUGCUGGCAUCUGGUGGCAGGGGGGAGGCUGGGACGGGAGGUCGAUGGCUGCUAUGGAUUGUCACAUUGAACUGGGGAAAGCACAGCCAUGGCAGGAAGAGCAGCCUGGACACGGCCCUUCCUCAGCUGUGCCCCAGGAGCUCAGAGCAGAGGGCACACAGCAUGCCCUGCUCUCCUCAGCCACCUCCCCUCUCACCUUCCCUGGGCAGCCCAGGGUGCCCAAACCUCCCCUCGUGCAGGCCUGGGAGCAGCUGGGGCACCUGAGAGCCCAGGUGAGCCCUGCCAGGGCAGUGUCCCCUCCCUGUGCAUGCUGCAGAAAGCUCUGUGCCCUCUCUGGGAACAGCAUGGGCAGAAGAGCUCAUUCUGAGGGAAACAAUUCCAGGGGCACAGGUGGAACAAGAAGAACGAGGCAGAAAAGCUAAACAAGAACCAGACUGACACUGAUGAGCCACAGCCUGAUCUCCAAGUCAUCCCUCAGACAAUUUGAGUCUGGCCACUUGGAUACACAGAAAAGUGGCUAAAAGGUGACAGCAAGAUCAGGCCAAGCAGCUUCUGUUCCAAAGAAAGACACAGCAAGAGGUAUAUGAGGUGACCAGUGCCACCACACAGCCACUCCUCACUCCAGCCUGUGAUUGUGAUGGCAACAAUUCCAGCCCCUUCCAGAAAAACCAAUGGCAGCAGUGACAGUGUCACCCUGAACUCCUUCAGAGGCUAAGCCCUACAGUGCAAACCUCCCACAUCAACCACCACCUCCAGCUUUUAACAGCUCCAGUUCUCUCUGACAAAGACUCAGAUUUCCUCUCAGUUCCAGCAGGAGUGGGAAGGGAUUGUCCAUUUUCUCUGUCCAACACUAACAUUCCUCCCAGCUCUCCAGGGAUGGGGAGGGUGAGGUUUCCCCUCCAUGAUAGCCUGGAGGGUACAGCAGAGUUUCACCUUUGUGACAGGUGCAGAGAGGGCACCAGGAGGUUCUGUCACAGAGAGAGCUCCCUUCAAAGAUCAGACUGGGGAAGGAAGCACUUUUCCUGUCCCUCAGCAGGAGGUGGCUAGAACUUUUCCAUGAAAAUAACUUUGCCUCUCUCACCCAGAUGUGAAUUUGCUAGAGAAAGCAGCUACAUAGGAACCUAAGCCUGCUUUUAACUCAGUUCCUUUUAUUCUCUAGUUGCGCUGUCCAGAGAAAACAAGAUGUCCAAAUAAACACUUGGCAUCAGCCCAGGAGGGCUUUCAUGAGGUGCAAUUCAAGCCCUGGUAGCAGCAGUUGUGGAUUUCCUUACAAAGGGUGGGAGGGUGGGCUCUGUGCAGGGACAGCAGCACCAGCACCAUGGAGCACCCAGGGACACAGGGAUGGCCUCACCCUCUAAGGCUCAGGGGCUAAAAAAUCUCAUUCCAAAGAUUAGCUUUCCUCAUAUAUCUGCUGCCAGAAGUCACCAGCAGCAUCUUCAGGGAAAAAAAAAACCCUUCCUGUGUGUGCCCAGAGGCUUUUUCCCAGCAGGAUUCCCUGUUCUCAUGGCAUGUCCCAGGCACCAGUCCCAGUCUGAAAGUGGUGCCUGUUCUCAGUGCCUUUCCCAAAUUCCCACUGUCUUCUCUUCUAGCCAGUUACAGGUACAAAGUGGGCAAUCUGGGUAGAAGGAAGACUCCAGCUUUGCACCCCUACCUCCAGCUUGGCAAAACCUUUUUAACAUCCAGGUGCUAAACCAGGGCAGCUCCCCAAGUCUGGCCGGGCACCAGCCAGGCAGGAGGGUGGUUCUGCCCCUUCACAGCCUGUCCUACCUGGGCACUGGGCAGAGCCCACAGCACUGACUGAGUUCUUCACUGUCCCCCACUGCACUGAGAACCUGCACCUCCAGCAUGGGCACACUGUGAUUAUCAAGACAAAGAGGAGUCAUUUGGGUCAGGAAUACCUUUUGAUUAUCCCACGCUGCUCCAAAUUUCACCUGAGAAAACUGAAGGCUGCUGUAGUCCUGUAUUUUCCUUCUCCUCUUCCCCAAAUCUCUCCUUUACAGGAAUGUGCUUGUUUCCCCUCUUCACCUCCAGCCAGGAAUACCUUCCAGCCAUUUUAACUUUAGUGUCAUGAAAUCAUUAUUUAGCUCUUGCCUCAUUUACAGAACCAGUUUUAGUAACCCAAAGCUUAGCUCUAUUCCAUCCAGGUGCAGCUCCACAGGAAGUACCUGUGGGUUCAAUGGUUUAUUGGGAAUCUUUUUGCCCUGUAAAUGCAGAACUAUUAUCUGCUCCAUAAUUGGGAAGGGAAAGCAGCCCAACUCAAGUGUUCUCCCUGGAGGCUGAGUAAAGCUGCUGGAUACAUCAGAUUAACAACACUCAUCAUCUCUGGUGGGCUUGGAGGGCAGGUUCAUCCAACCCCUGAAGCACACAGUUCACAUCCUUGGGUCAAAGUCCUCCCUCGCCAGGACACACCUGAGCGUGUCUGAUGUGCAGCACCAAAUCUUCCUCUGAGGCUGAGUCCUACAGCAAAAGGUGUCAUUGGCCCCAAAAACCACAAUG